AUGGGUCAGAAUCUAGACAUAAUCAUCGUUGGCGCUGGUUUAGGGGGACUGGCUGCAGCUAUUGGAAUAUCCAAAGCCGGUCAUCGAGUCACAAUCCUUGAACAGGCCGAACAGCUCGGCGAGGUUGGUGCCGGAAUUCAAAUACCACCGUCAUCUUCACGAGUCCUAGAUCAAUGGGGAUUACUGGAGAAGGUCCGCACAAUUGCCACACUACCACACGACUUUCAUCUAAGAACGAGCGAUGGAACACUCAUGUCAACACAAAACAUUCAACCCUUUAUUGAAAAGAAAUAUGGAUAUCCGUACUUCCAAGUCCACCGCGCAGGAUACCACCGCAUCUUACUCAACGAGGCAAUCCGACUAGGUGUGAACAUCAAAUUGCGAUCAACAGUUAUUGUAAUCAACUUUCAAAAACCUGCUGUUACUGUAAGGGGAGAUCCAAACUAUGAGAUUUUACCAGAUUUGAUCAUUGGUGCCGAUGGACUCCGCUCUUCAUGUCGUGAAGCCCUCCUCGCUCGUCCAGACCCUCCCAGACUGACUGGUGACCUGGCGUACAGAUCCUUAGUGAAGGUAUCUGAUAUGAAAAGCCCACUCUUGCGAGAGCUCAUCAGGAAGCCUUGCACAAAUUAUUGGAUGGGGCCGAACAUGCACGCCAUGUGCUAUUUUAUCGAGAAGAAUCAACUGUGCAAUAUCGUGCUCAUCAUCCCAGAUGACUUACCCGAAGACGUGAAUGUCGAGUCUGCAAGCGUUGAAGAAAUGCAGCGCAAAUUCGACAAUUGGGAUCCACAGUUAACGGAGCUCCUGCGCCAAGUUGGAAGUACGACAAAAUGGAGAUUGCAAGAUAGUGUCAAGAUGGAGCAAUGGAGUCAUCCUGCUCACAAAUUCGUUCUACUCGGUGAUGCUUGCCAUGCUACACUGCCCUAUCUGGCCCAAGGAGCUGCUCAGGCAAUUGAGGAUGGUGCUGUUCUCGGUGCUCUAUUCUCCAAAGUGACACCUUCCACGGCGCGGCUGCACUUACCAGACAUUCUAAAGCUUUAUGAGCAGUUACGCAAAGACAGAACAGCCCAAGUUGUGCAAAAGAGUGCCGAGUUUCGUAUUAUCUUCCACAUGGAAGACGGUCAUUUGCAGAAAGAGCGUGAUAGAAUCUUAUUGCAUGAAAAGCCUGCGCAGGGUUUUCCAUUCUUGUUUGCGGAUCCUAGCAUCCAAGAGUUUCUCUUCGGGUAUGACUUUGCUCGGGAAGUUGAUGUCGCUUGGGGGGAGUAUGAGCGAUCGCCGGUCUUGAGUUUACCGUGA